CACGAAUUUCAAUCGUUUCUCAGAUUCCGUAGAACCCUAAUUACACCAAGCUACGCGUCUCCACCUUUCACAGCCUCAGGCAAGUGAAUCCGGCAAGGCAUUAUCUUGGAAGAGUCCAACCGUCGCUACGGUCAUGGCUCAAGACGAUGACCUCAAGAAGUUGGAAUAUCUAUCUCUGGUCUCCAAGGUCUGCACCGAGCUCGAGACUCAUUUAGGGUUCGGUGACAAAGUCCUCGCGGAGUUCAUCACCGAAUUGGGUCGCAACUGCGAGGCUGUGGACGAGUUCGAUUCAAAGUUGAAGGAGAACGGCGCCGAGAUGCCCGAUUACUUUGUUCGAACGCUUCUAACCAUUAUACAUGCCAUUCUUCCGCCGAUGCGCAAGUCGGAGAUCCCCAAGGAGACCGCCGGUAGUGGGGGUAAGUACAAAGCUCUCGCUAUUGCUGAUGGCAAGGAUAGAGUGAAGCAGCUCGAGCUGGAGCUUGAGACGGAGAUCAAUGAUAGGAGGAAAGAUGAUAACCGGGGUGGAGACAGGGACAGAGAAAGGAGGGACAGGGAUAAAGGUAGGGAUAGAGAUAAAGAUAGAUAUAGAGACAGAGACAGAGAUGGAAACAGGGAUAGGGAUAGAGGCAGGGAUAGGGAUCGUGGUCAUGAUCGUGAGAGGCGCAGAGACAGAGACUCGGAUGAUGGUUAUCAUGAUGAUGAGGGCUACGGAGAGAAAGAUCACGAUGGUCACAAGAAUAGAGGAAAGCAUAGAGAUGGUCGGCAUGAUUGGCAUAGGAGAGGUGACGACAUCCGAGAUAGUAGUGAUUAUGAUAGGCAUGAAGACGGCAAAGGUGAGAUGGUCCAGAAGAGCACUGCGUCUAACUCCAGCGAGCCUGAAUUAUACAAUGUAUAUAAAGGCAGGGUUUCCAGGGUCAUGGACUCGGGUUGCUUCGUGCAGUUAAAUGAUCUCAAAGGGAAGGAGGGUCUUGUUCAUGUUUCUCAGAUUGCAACCAGGAGAAUCGGCAACGCAAAGGAAGUAGUGAAACGAGAUCAAGAAGUGUAUGUGAAGGUGAUUUCUGUUUCAGGUCAGAAGUUGUCUCUUUCAAUGCGAGAUGUGGACCAGCACACAGGGAGGGAUCUACUCCCACUGAAGAAGAUCUCCGACGAUGAUUCCUCUAGGACGAAUCCUUCGAGUUCUAGAGAUGGGCAAAGAACUCGGACAGGGUUAUCAGGGAUUAGGAUUGUGGAAGAAGAUGAAGCUAUUCCAUCUCGCAGGCCGCUGAAGAGGAUGAGUUCACCAGAGAGAUGGGAAGCUAAGCAGUUGAUUGCUUCAGGUGUUCUAAGCGUUAAAGAGUACCCUAUGUAUGAUGAAGAAGCAGAUGCGUUGCAGCAAUAUGAAGAGGAAGGAGGUGAGGAGGAACUGGAAAUUGAGAUCAACGAGGAUGAGCCUGCAUUUUUGCAGGGGCAAACUAGGUCCUCCGUUGAUAUGUCACCUGUGAAGAUCUUUAAGAAUCCUGAAGGGUCACUGAGUCGAGCAGCUGCUUUGCAGUCUGCCCUAAUUAAGGAGAGGAGGGAAGUAAGGGAGCAACAACAAAGGACAAUGCUUGAUUCCAUACCAAAGGAUCUGAAUCGACCUUGGGAAGACCCAAUGCCAGAGAGUGGUGAGAGGCAUCUGGCCCAGGAACUUAGGGGGGUUGGUUUGUCUGCUUAUGACAUGCCUGAAUGGAAGAAGGAUGCUUAUGGGAAGGCUUUGACAUUUGGGCAGAGGUCGAAACUAUCGAUCCAGGAUCAACGACAAAGCUUGCCCAUUUACAAAUUGAAAAAAGAGCUGGUUCAGGCUGUCCAUGAUAAUCAAGUUUUGGUUGUUAUCGGCGAGACAGGUUCUGGUAAGACUACACAGGUAACACAAUAUCUUGCCGAGGCUGGUUAUACUACACGUGGUAAGAUUGGUUGUACUCAGCCCCGUAGAGUUGCUGCAAUGUCUGUUGCCAAACGUGUUGCUGAAGAGUUUGGUUGUCGGUUAGGAGAGGAAGUGGGAUAUGCUAUUCGUUUCGAAGAUUGUACUGGGCCAGAUACAGUCAUCAAGUAUAUGACUGAUGGUAUGCUUCUUAGGGAGAUAUUGAUUGAUGAGGAGCUCUCUCAAUAUUCAGUGAUAAUGCUCGAUGAAGCUCAUGAGAGAACUAUUCACACUGAUGUUCUUUUUGGGCUUCUUAAGAAGUUGGUGAAGAGAAGGCCCGAUCUUCGUUUGAUUGUCACUUCUGCUACCCUGGAUGCUGAGAAAUUUUCUGGUUAUUUUUUCAAUUGUAACAUUUUCACCAUCCCUGGUAGGACAUUCCCGGUGGAGAUUCUAUACACCAAGCAGCCUGAAAGUGAUUAUCUAGAUGCUGCCCUGAUCACUGUCUUACAGAUCCAUUUGACGGAACCCGAAGGUGAUGUGCUUGUGUUCUUAACAGGUCAGGAAGAAAUUGAUUUUGCCUGCCAGUGUUUGUAUGACCGGAUGAAGGCGUUAGGUAAAAAUGUUCCAGAACUGAUUAUAUUACCAGUUUAUAGUGCCCUUCCUAGUGAAAUGCAGUCAAGGAUAUUUGAUCCAGCUCCUCCAGGGAAAAGAAAGGUGGUUGUGGCAACCAAUAUUGCAGAGGCGUCACUGACAAUUGAUGGGAUAUUUUAUGUUGUGGAUCCUGGGUUUGCUAAGCAGAAUGUAUACAAUCCAAAGCAAGGUCUGGAUUCUUUGGUUAUAACCCCAAUCUCACAGGCAUCUGCUAAGCAACGAGCUGGACGUGCUGGCCGUACUGGGCCUGGGAAAUGUUACCGUCUUUACACUGAAAGUGCCUACCGGAAUGAAAUGUCCCCUACGUCCAUUCCUGAAAUCCAAAGAAUUAAUCUUGGGAUGGUAACACUUACAAUGAAGGCCAUGGGAAUUAAUGAUCUCUUAUCUUUUGAUUUUAUGGAUCCCCCGUCACCUCAAGCCCUAAUCUCUGCCAUGGAGCAGCUGUACAGUCUAGGGGCAUUGGAUGAAGAAGGGCUGCUUACAAAAUUGGGGAGGAAAAUGGCUGAAUUCCCUCUGGAUCCUCCGUUGUCCAAGAUGUUGCUGGCUAGUGUCGACCUUGGCUGUAGUGAUGAGAUUCUGACUAUCAUUUCCAUGAUCCAAACAGGGAACAUCUUCUACAGGCCCAGGGAGAAACAAGGUCAAGCUGACCAGAAGAGAGCCAAAUUCUUCCAGCCUGAGGGUGACCACUUGACCUUGCUUGCUGUCUAUGAGGCUUGGAAAGCAAAGAACUUCUCUGGUCCUUGGUGUUUUGAGAACUUUGUUCAGUCCAGGUCCUUGCGAAGAGCCCAAGAUGUCAGAAAGCAGCUUCUCACCAUUAUGGAUAAGUAUAAGUUGGAUGUGGUGAGCGCUGGAAAGAAUUUCAUGAAGAUAAGGAAAGCCAUCACAGCUGGUUUCUUUUUCCAUGCUGCGAGGAAGGAUCCACAAGAGGGGUACAGGACCCUAGUGGAGAACCAAGCAGUGUAUAUCCAUCCAAGCAGUGCCCUUUUCCAGAGACAGCCAGAUUGGGUGAUCUACCAUGAACUGGUGAUGACAACAAAAGAGUAUAUGCGUGAAGUCACUGUGGUGGAUCCCAAGUGGCUGGUAGAGCUUGCACCUAGGUUUUUCAAAGCUGCUGAUCCAACCAAAAUGAGCAAGCGCAAGCGCCAGGAACGAAUAGAGCCUCUUUAUGACAGAUAUCAUGAACCUAACUCUUGGCGGCUGAGUAAACGUCGAGCGUAGUAGGAUCAAUUGCCUUUGGUUGAUCCUUCCUUGUGAGCGGUAUGCCGCUGCAGAUUCAUGUUCAGAGUUGACAGUUUUCUC